AUGGCUUUCCUCUUCAACCGCAGUGCGCGUCCCAGGUCUCCGUCGGAUCUAGCCAGGACUACAAAGGAUUUAUUGUCGAGGCUCUGGGACAACUCUGGUUCGCCGAAGCUGGAGGACGACAUCGCGAAGCAGCUUUCUCAAAUGAAAUUGAUUACCCAGGGAACUCCCGAAGUAGACAGUUCCCCGGCUGUAGUGCGAUCAUUGUUUGACUCGGUUAUUCGAGAGGAUCUUCUUUUUCAGCUUGCACACAGCAUUCGCCAGCUCCCGUUUGAAGCGCGCAAGGACACCCAAACCAUCGUUACGCAUAUAUUACGUUACAAAGCAAACGACGCCCCCGGAGACCCUCCGGCAAUCAACUAUAUAGUCCAUCAACGGCCUGAAGUCAUAAUUGAACUAUGCAGGGGCUUUGAAGAUCCGCAGAGUGCCUUGUGCUGCGCUUCCAUUCUGAAGGAGGCCGUCAAAUUCGACGUCAUAGCAGCUCUGAUCUUAUAUGACCAAUCCGAAGAACACGAGCCAGCAGUUCGUCUUAAGGAUAUUAACGCGGAAGAGCCUCAAUCGGGUGAUGGGAUCUUCUGGAAGUUGUUUGAGUGGAUCGAUAAAGGUAGCUUUGAAGUCAGCGCCGAUGCAUUCACCAUCUUCAGGGACCUGUUGACCCGUCACAAGACCCUAGUGGCAACCUAUUUAUCAACAAAUUAUAGCUUAUUCUUUGAUCGGUAUCAUAAAAUCCUCAUGCAAUCAGAUUCAUACGUGACGAAACGGCAAAGCAUCAAGCUUUUGGGGGAGAUUCUGCUCGACCGGACCAAUUACAACGUCAUGACCGAAUAUGUUGACAGCGGGGAUCACCUAAAAACCUGCAUGACUCUGUUGAGGGACGAUCGCAAAAUGGUGCAGUAUGAAGGCUUCCAUGUUUUCAAGGUGUUUGUGGCCAACCCGAACAAGUCAGUAGCAGUGCAAAGGAUUCUAAUCAACAACCGGGAUCGAUUACUCAAAUUCCUCCCAAAAUUUCUCGAGGACCGCACCGACGAUGACCAAUUCACGGAUGAAAAGGCUUUUCUAGUUCGUCAAAUCGAACUACUUCCAAACGAGCCUAUCGACCCCAUCUACUCAUCCACGUCUUAA